UCUAUUGCUCACCAAUUGAGGGAUCUGGCGAUUCCACAGGACAUUGUGGAAUCUCUACGGCUCGACGAGACGGAUCUGGAGCCGGAUCGAUCAGUCUGCACCAUUUCCAUCACAGUUUGCGAGGGACCAUCGAAUCACAAAGAGGCUCAUUUACCCCUGAUCUCGCAAAAGCUUCGGCAUACCGCAUCUUGACCUCCACCAGGGGUCUCUCGACACUAUGCCCAGCACCAGUGACCAAACGCUGGAGAAUCAGAACGAUGAAGAGUUGAACUCUUUACAUGGCAAGAUCAAGGCCUUGAGAUCGGUCACAAUAGAUAUUCUGGACGACUCGAACCGUCAGAAUGACCAGCUGGAUCGAACUGGCAACACCUUUACGCAAUUCACAAACUCCCUCUUCUCCACCUCUCGACAUCACUCUCGCUCCAUGGCGGCCUCCUCAACAGUCAGACAAUACCGUACGAUUGCCUACAUCGUUGGUGCCGUUGUCCUAUUAUGGCUCGUCUUAAAGCUUUGGAGUUUCGGUGGAACAAGGUCAGUUCCGCCAGAUGGGGUCAAUGGGGAAUAUCGAAUAUGAUCUGGGCUCGAUUGCGCUGCGUAUCAAGUUGCUGUAUAUGCAUUGUAUGACCGAC